CACAGAGUCCAAUCAAUACUCGAUGCAGGCCGCGGCCGACGUGUUGCCCUUAGCUAACUGUACCUGAAUGCGUGAGUGUAGUGUGAUGUCACAGGGAGGAAUAAACAGUCGUGAAGAUGCGGUUACAGGUAGAAAGAUUGUCCUCUAAAAGAACUGGAUGUUGAAGAGUCUAGAGUGGAACAUAUGUCCCGUGUCAUGGUUAGCUGACGAUCGUCUGCAGUCAGGGAAGCAGUAUCGUCAAUAAGUAGACAAUACUGUUAUGACAGUUCCAAGAAUCUGUCUAUGGAACUCAAUUUCAGAUCAAGAGGUUCCGGUGAUCUUCAAUAGAUAGUUCACGGAUACAUUCCGCCGCUGCCGGAAGGGUUAACGCCAGACAUGUAUUUUCGGAUGAGUCUUUCGAAGAUCGAAUUGGUGUCUUUGCUCUGCCUCAUUGCAUUGCAAGAUUCGAUGUGUGAUGAGUUCGUAUCUGACAACAUCAUUAAAGGAAUACUAGCCAACGGUUACCGAAAGGAAGUGCGGCCUCGAUGUCCGGGUGUUACGGCAGUUGAUGUCACUCUGGAUUUGGCGCUCAGACAAAUUAUUGAGCUGAACGAGCCAAAACAGUUUCUGCAAACAAAUGUGUGGUUACGAGCGUUUUGGAAAGACUGCCGUUUAACCUGGAACAAAACUCAAACGGGCGUUGACAACCUUAUUCUUCCUGUGUCGUUUAUGUGGAUUCCUGACAUCACAUUAUAUGACAAUAGCGCAGAUGAAGGAAUGAAAGCCGCCAAGGAAUACCGUGUCAGCGUAACAAGCGAGGGGGAAACACGUCACCAGAUACCCAUUGUCCUCACAAGCCUGUGUACCAUAGAUACAACAUACUUCCCAUUUGACAGACAAUCAUGCCAUCUCAAAUUUGGGAUGUGGGCCUACAGUGGUCUGGAAGUUAACUUCACAAAUAUCAGAGACGAUGCCGAUUUGACGUCAUAUCAAGGUCACGUAGAAUGGACCGUGCUCAGCAUGAACGUUGAACGUAGUGUGACCUAUUUUGAAGACAUUCCCUAUCCAUCAUUGGUAUACGAUCUGAAGUUGAGGAGGAAACCUCUGUUCUUUAUUCUCAAUCUCUUCUUCCCCUGUGUCCUCAUCUCAAUGGUGGCUAUCCUGGGUUUCAUGCUGCCUCCAGAUGCAGGGGAAAAGGUCAACUUGGAAGUGACGGUUCUCCUGUCGCUGGCUGUGUUCCAACUCAUUGUCCUGGAGAUGAUGCCGCCCAACUCGGAGACGUUACCGUUUAUCAGUAUAUACUUUGCCUCGACCAUGGUCUUGGUGGCAUUGUCAUGUCUCAUGACAGUCGUUGUUCUGAACGUCCAUUUCAAGGGUUCCCAGGGUUGGCCAGUUCCAGUGAUCGGCAAAACUAUCAUCAUCGGGGGAUUGGGCAGGUUACUGUGUGUGAGACCAAACCAUAAAGGGCGGAAGAAGCAUCCCGCUAAUGACGUUGUUCAAGGUCUUCGGUUUGAACGACGGAAGACCACUGUGAAACCUCUGAACAACGUCAGCGCCAUAGACAACGUCAGCGCCAUAGACAACAUCAGUACCAUAGAAAACGUAGACGCAGACACCUCCCUCUCACCGGCAACAAGCCUACUUCUAAAACACUUUAAUCGGAUCAAUGCUAGCCUGAGUGAUAUGGUGACCCAACUGGGUGACAGGAAGAGUGACAAGGCCAUGUGUGAGGAGUGGGAGCUUAUGGCUCUCGUCCUGGACAGAGCCUUUCUCCUGCUCUAUGGCUUCCUCACCUGUUUAACUUUGCUGAUUUUCAUAAUAAUAUUCCAGACACAGUAAGUGGGGGACCGGUGUGAAAUGAGGUCCCUCGGGUACUUAGAUCCUGGUAUUCAGUCAGACCACCUCAUGACAUCAGAAAGAAGGAGAUCGAUUUCAACAUGGCUAGGAUCUCCCUCUCGACCGAACGUGAAUUUUGGUUUAAUUUCUUUUAAUUAUGCGCAUAAUUUGCCUGUUAACCAAAUCAUGAUUAUGGACUAUUCCUUGAUUGUUUGGACAAUCUUGGAUGCCCCAUGUUGAAUGCAAAUGUAAAUCAGUCGCUGAAAUCAAUAGAACAAAUCGGUAACUACCUUACAGUCUGCUUUUGUACCCCUUUCGAACUUAAAAUUUAAUUACGAAUAUCAUGAUGAUAAUGAUGACGAAGAGGGUGGUGAUGAUGAUGAUGAUGAUGAUCAUGAUCAAGAUGAUGAUGAUCAAGAUGAUGAAGAAAACGAAGACGAAGGGGGUGAUGAUGAUGAUGAUGAUAAUGAUGAUGAUGAUGAUGAUGAUGAUGAUGAUGAUGAUGAAGAACAACAACAACAAAAAGAAGACGAUGACGACAUGUCGCUGCUGCUACUGACCACGACGCUGAUGGCGAAGAUGAGGUUGAUGGCCCUGAAGAUGAAGUUGAUGGUGAUGGGGAUGAUGAUGGUGAAGAUGAAGAUAAUACUGCGGGAAAGCUGUAACACUUCCCAGCUAUACAUUACGGAUGAUUCCAUAUGUUGUAUGUUGUAUGUUCUUAAUGUACCUACCGUAAAUCAAACUGGUUAUAUGGCACUCGGACGUGUUGAUUUACCUGUAACUAAAAUUGAUUAACAACUUGAAGCGUUAACAUUUGAUCCACAGUCCACAUUUCUGCCAGGGUUGCUACUCACAUGAUUAGUGCUGUGAUUGUCAAAUGAAGGAAUCAAAUUGCAAAAAAUAUUUGCAUGUGUGCAGAACUAUGACGUAUAUAUGUAACAAGAAAUACAACCCUUUUGUGACCCAA